AUGCUCGAAUCACGGUUUCCGAAGUGUGAUAAGGCUAUCAACACGAGCCUCGCAGAGCUCCCACCAGAGCUCCAGUUCUUGACCUUCGAUCACCUUACCGACGACUACAUAGCCCUUUCUGCUCUGGUUCUUGUGUCCAGAAGUAUCGCAGAGUGCACCCUGAAGGUGCUGCAGAACUGCGCCCUCGACUUCUUCGAUGGAAACACUGACGAGAUUGAAUCCGCCUUGGACGCUCUGUUGCACCGCGCCAAAACCAGUGCAAGGGCGCCUCAAGUACUCUUCACAAGCACCGGGAACAAUUUCGGCGAGAGUGUAAUCAGAAAUGCCUCCCGAUUCACAAUCUUCAGGUUGCGCUUUGCUACGCGGCAUGGACACGUUGCGCAGGGUACACAACCUAUACUGCCCAGUACCGUCAAUUUUUUCAGAUCGGCCAUGCAAGCGCUAACUGGCAAGCCUCCUAAACACACCAUCUCAUGGGGCCAGAACUUUGGGCUUCGCAAGGCAGACGCUUCUGUUCACCUUAUCCUCCACGCCCCUGCGCCACAUCGCUACGCUCGAAUUGGGAGGUGCGACAAACUGUUUGCCGUGGGACAUGACCGGCUCGAGUUCUCGAACAUGGGCAUCACCCUGGGUUUCCUUGAGUUCUUCCCACGUACACCAGGCACCAUCUCGGCUACCACACUCUGCUUCGCUAACUGCUGGGUACCUCACAGGUCCGUCGAGCGCAUCGUCGGCGCCUUUAGUGGUCUGGUCACGUUCGAGUACUCUCUCAACAGAGUCCUCGCCAAGACUCAGACGUACUGGAAUCAUACUGCUAAUUCUAUGAUCGUGCUGUACAGGCUACCCCAAUCCUUGACGAAGCUGGAGCCGUCUGGCUGCGCACGAAUAGUGAUUGGCACGCUUCUGUCCAGGAUUGAGCGGGGUACGGGUGUCGGCAGUCUGCGUGAGCUGACCAUCACGUACAGUGAGCGCUUGCCUUCUGGAAUCACGACCAGGGCUUUUACUCGGCAGGAAUUGGAAUUGAUUGCGGCCUUCAGACAGCAAGGUGUCACGCUAAAGCUGCUACAUACGACUGCUUGA